GCUGCUUCUCCUGGUGGAGGCAGGCUGCAAAACAGAGAAGCGACAUUAACCCACUUUGUUACUCUGGGUGAAAUUAGUUUGUCAAGUUUGAGCAGUGAAAACGAGAUUGACCGGAUCAAAAGAGAAUGAUUGAAGAUUGCGGGCGGAGGGGUGACAACAUGGCAGACAGAAGGCAGCUUUAUGUCGAGAUGAGGGCACAGGAUUUGGAUUCAAUACGAUUAUCAACGUACAGAACAGCCUGCAAACUCCGAUUUGUGCAGAAGAAAUGCAACCUGCAUUUGGUUGAUAUUUGGAACGUCAUUGAGGCUUUCCGAGAAAAUGGUCUGAACACCAUGGAUCUCAAUUCUGAGCUGGCUGUGGCUCGUCUGGAAGUGGUACUUUCCACCUUGUUCUUCCAACUUAACAAGCGAAUGCCAACCACUCACCAAAUCAAUGUAGAGCAGUCCGUUGGGCUGCUACUCAACUUCCUGCUGGCAGCCUACGACCCGGAAGGCCAUGGCAAGAUAUCUGUUUUUGUUGUGAAGAUGGCGCUUGCCUCGAUCUGCGGAGGGAAAAUUCUGGAUAAAUUAAGAUAUAUAUUUUCGCAGAUAUCGGAUUCUGCUGGAAUAAUGGUGCACUCGCAGUUUGACCAAUUUCUGCGAGAGGUUCUCAAAUUGCCCAUGGCAGUGUUUGAGGGACCUUCUUUUGGGUACACUGAGCAAGCUGCACGAGCAUGUUUCACUCAGCAGAAAAAGGUCUCCCUCAACACAUUCCUUGAUACGCUGAUGUCAGACCCGCCCCCUCAGUGUUUGGUGUGGCUACCUCUCAUGCAUCGGCUUGCCAACGUAGAGAAUGUGUUUCACCCGGUCGAGUGCUCCUACUGCCAUACUGAGAGUAUGAUGGGCUUCCGCUACCGCUGCCAGCAAUGUCAUAAUUACCAGCUCUGUCAGGACUGCUUCUGGAGGGGGCAUGCCAGCGGUUCCCAUAGCAACCAGCACCAAAUGAAGGAGUAUACGUCAUGGAAAUCCCCAGCUAAGAAGUUAACCCAUGUCCUCAGUAAGUCACUGAGCUGUGCCUCCAGCAGAGAGCCCCUGCACCCCAUGUUCCCUGAUAUGCCAGAGAAACCUCUCAACCUAGCUCAUGUUGUAGACACAUGGCCACCAAGACCAGUAAAUAUAACCAACGACUACUCACUGUCCCACCCAUGCCUAUAUCAGGGAAUCCCUUACUCCACCAAAAAGUUAAAGUACAACCUCGACGUUGCUGAUAGACUUGCUGACGAGCAUGUUCUCAUUGGCCUCUAUGUGAAUCUGCUCCAAAACAGCCCCAAAUUAUGUUUGCUGGAAAGCAGUAACCAUCAAGAUGAGGAGCACAGUCUCAUUGCUCGCUACGCUGCUAGACUGGCUGCUGAUGCUGCGGUUCAACAGCAGAGGGUCCCUAUAGACCUCCCCUACUCUCUGGAUGCCAACAAACAACAGAGGCAGCUCAUUGCAGAGUUGGAGAGCAAAAACAGAGAAAUCCUGCAGGAAAUCCAGAGGCUGCGUCUUCAGCAUGAGGAAGCUUCCCAGCCGCCACCAGACAGGGGCCAACAAAACCCCACCCUGCUCGCUGAGCUGCGACUUCUCAGGCAACGCAAAGAUGAGCUCGAACAAAGAAUGUCUACUCUGCAGGAGAGUCGCAGGGAGCUCAUGGUGCAGCUGGAGCAGCUAAUGAUGCUUCUCAAGCUAGAAGAAGAACAAAAACAAGCAAGUACUCAGGGUCCCGGCUCUCCACGCUCUUCUCCCAGUCACACCAUCAGCCGGCCGAUCCCCACGCCAAUCCACUCAGACUCUGCUGGCACCACUCCGACUCACACACCUCAGGACUCACUCAUGGGCGUGGGAGGGGAUGUGCAAGAGGCCUUCGCUCAGGGUCCAAGGAGAAAUUUGAGGAACGACCUUCUCAUUGCUGCUGACUCCAUAACCAAUACCAUGUCAUCACUUGUGAAGGAGCUCAAUUCAGAAGGUGGUAGUGAGACAGAGAGCCUCUUGGAUUCAGACUUUGGACAGUGUGACCUAAUGGCUACAACUUCCUCAGACUUUUACUUCACUUAUAAACCAAGACCUGCUAGAGCUGCAGAAGAAGAGACUUUUGAAAACAAUCUGGACCAGCAGCUGGAGGAGGAGCUCAAGUUGGAGGAGCUGGUAAAGCACAGACAAGAGACGGACAAAACAUGCUUGGUGACAAUGGAGCAGUGAUUGUGGAAGUCCAGAUGACUGGUAAGCAACAAUAGUAGAAGACACUGGAAGAAGCAACACUGGGCUGAAGACAUGCAGCAUUGAAGACAUGAAGAAUUAAACCUGCGCUAAAUCCAACCAUAGAAAUACUACAUUUAUGUAAAGAUAUAUUUUUUAUCCAAACACAUAUUUAAGGUAAUACUGUGAGCUGGUGUGAAGAGAUUAAAUACUGAGCUUUCUAUUACACCACAGGUGCCAUAAAAACACAGUUAUUUCCAAACUUUUGUUUAGUUUUCUUCUUUAGUUGUUUAGAAACCGUACACUGUAAGUACAAGGUGGCGAACCACUUUCUUUCAAAGUCUCAUGUUUUUGGACACAAAGAACCAAGCCUACAUGUAAAUUUCUCAUCUGAUUUUUAAGUCAUAACAUGAGAGUGUAUAAUGGUAUAAACUGCUAACAUCUGAAAUAUUUUUUAUCUAUUAUUCUGGUCGAGAUAUGUGAACAAAUUUAGCACUAUUUCAUACAUUUCUUACUGUUGCUACUUGUAAAUGUAUUUCUGUUCUUUUUUGUGUUUAGUUUUUUUUUUUUUUAACAGGUGGAUUAUGUAAAUGUUUUAGUUGGUGAAUCAGUAACAAUGAUGCACACUGCCUUAGCUGUCUACUUGACCUCCCAUUGCAGUUCUUCUACAGUACUUGACAAUACAGCAUCUAGCCUAUAUGUCAAAACACAACUACAUUGAUGCUGGUUGAGCUUAACCUCAAUGAAACCCUGGUGUGGUUCUGCAAAUAUAGUCCCCUUUACCUUUAAUCCCUGGUGAAGAUGUUAACAAAUAUUCUAAUAAAUCCGGAUUUUAUUUAAAAAAUAUAUUCUCACAUUAAACAAUAACAAAAAAAACAGAUUGUUAAUUUGGAAAUAUUUAUUCUAUGGAAAAGAAAUUCUAAGUUAAGAAGUAAUCGUUUUGAACAAAAUCACUGGUUUCAUAAUUUUGGCCUCUAAUGUAUCUAUCACCAUUCCUCUUUGCACAAUGUCUCAUUUAUCGAGCAUCUGUGGCCUUAUCUUUCCCUCCUCUGUUUUUCUUACCAACUGUUUCUCUGAAAGAAUUAGGUCUAGUAAGGAGAUGGACAUUUGAACAAGGUUGAGUUUGGUCCUGGUGAACCAUUUCUGUGUGGAUUUAGCCUCAUGUUUUGGAUCGUCACACUACUGAAAAACCCAAGUGAUGACCCAUUUGGCAAAGGCUAGCAAAGUUUUGUUUAAACUGUCCUGGUAUUUCAAAGAGUUUAUGAUAGUAUUCCAGGGACUUAGAUACUUAAAACAUACUAGAUCCCACAGCAACAUAAGGGGGCAUGACGUGUUUUACCACGUAUUCAUUAUCUGUGUCAAUCCAGGCCCAGAUUAAGCAGUGCGAAAUCACCCGAGCACAAGGUCACGUCAAGUUUUUAGCGAAUGGCACACACUUGUUUAAAUGGUAGAAAUGGAAAUUACAAGAGAAUUCUUUGAGUGCCAUUAAGUACCUUCAAAUUGGUUAGAAUCAAAUAUUUAUGUAAAGUUUUCUUUUGCAGCCAAGGAAUUAUUUGCAUAAAAAUUUAAUUGUACUUUAUUGACUAUAAACUGAAAUUAUUUUUAGUGAUGUACAAAUCAUAAUUUAAAUGAGUGAAAGCUUAAAAACCAGCUAGCUGUUGCAAGGUUGAACAAAAUUCAGAUGUGGUUGAAAUUUGAUUGUGUUUGCAGUUUGGUAACGAGCAUAAUUAUCUCACAUGAAGCUUCCAAAAUAACACAAAUUAACUUUGUGUAUUUGAUCAAGACAGAAAACUAUCUAAUAACGCAAGAUAUGUGUCCAGGACUGCCCAUUCCUUUUAGUAGUGUAGUCAUUUUUGCUUUACGGCUGCCGCUCUAUAGAGUCUUUAUUUUACUAUACUGUCUGAAAGAUAGCUAGAAACAAUUUGAACUGUGUAAAAAUGGAAUCUAUUUUCAGCCAGGUUAGUGUUUUCACAGAGAAUUGCCCUGUAGAUGGAGAUACUACAAGAGAGGAGCCAAAUUAUUGCAGCACUAUUAGGUAAACAAAUUUAGCCAAGUAUUAAUCAUAGAUUACUCCCUUUCUCUGAGUCAAUGUCAUUACUCCCACAAACCUCCAUGUGGCUUGCACACCAACACAGUCUUUGUGAGUGUGCAUGUAAAAAAAACUUUGCCCUGCCACUUUAGGAAAAAUGGCAAGCCCAUUUAAAACCAUAAAUGUGUGAAAUGUAUCUAGCUUGAUUUUUUUUUUUCACUUUCAAGCAAGUUCAUAGCAGUGAUUUUUGCAUGGUGGUGAUGCAUAAUAAAGUGUUGACACAAUAUCAAAA